AUGGAAAGAACACCCACCUCUAUGACAGACCCAGCCAUCGAAACAUCCCAGGUACCAAACAGAAAUGGUAUCCAUGCUAAGCUGCCGCAAGACUCUACCAAUUUCAAACCAAAUGAACUGGAAUUUACAGUUUAUAUUCAGCAGUCUUCUGGUAUAAUUUUGCGCAUCGGUUCAGUAUAUUUUAUUGAAUCAUGCACUGCUCCAUUUGUGAUUUCUCGAAUUUUGCGAAGGAAACUUUGUUGCAUUUUAAGUGGAGAUCAACGUAAAAUAACUGGAUUUUGCCAAAAUUUUGAAUGCACAAUUGGCUCUAAGUACAUUCUUUGUUAUCCAGCAAAGGGUGAAUUCAUAUCUCAGUGUUCCAGUGGCCGUCUUAUUUCAAUGGCACAUAUGCGUUUACUUUCUUGUAAACAGGCUAACCUUGGCAAUGUUGAGUAUCUGAAAGAAUUACGGUGUCAUGAUCUUGGGGCUCAAAUGCGCCAAGCUAUUGCUAGUGGUAUUUCAUUGUCUGCCACCAAGCCUGCACAUGCAACCUGCCUUGGUACAUUUGAUCCCCUUCAUGACAUGGCAAUCUUUGGUCUUUCAGAAGCUAACAAUUUAAAUGUUAAAUUUGAGCAUUGUGAUCUUUACUUACUAGAUAGUGUCUUAGGAUUUCAGUGGGAUGUAAAACCCUUAAAACCUAAUGCGCCAGGAUAUUUUUUUAAGUUUGUAACCUCAGCAACAGUAUACCUUUGUAAAAAGACAUUUGCUUUUAAGUUUAAUUUUACUUAUGCUCAGGCAACAUUCCCAUUAAGUUCUGAUUACAGAGAGUUGUGCAAGGGACUAUUUAAGUAA